AUGACUGACACAAUCGACAAAGAACAAACCAACAACACCAAUCCCUCCAACACCACCCACAACACCAACAACACCGCCCCCCAGUACUACUACAUAGACCCGCGCUAUGGCCCCCUCGCUCGCGUCAACACAGCAGAGACCCAGCUCCCGGCUUUCGCUACUGAGCUUCAGCCCGGUCUGCAUCGCCCCGGGCCCGUCGAGGAGCAGAAGAUCGGGAAUCCCGCGCCAUUGGGGCUUGCGGCUUUCGCGUUGACCACUUUUAUUCUCGGGUGUAUUAAUAUGGGGGCGAGGGAUAUUACGGAGCCGAAUAUUGUGGUUGGGCCGGCGUUUGCGUAUGGCGGGUUGGUGCAGCUUUGUGCGGGGAUGUGGGAAAUGGCCGCUGGUAAUACAUUCGGUGCAACUGCGCUGUCCUCGUACGGUGGUUUCUGGAUCUCCCUGGCUAUCGUUUUCACCCCCGGCGGGUUCAACAUCAUGGCUGCCCUUGAAAAAGCCGGGGGCGGCACCACGGACAUGUUCUACGACUCUCUCGGUCUAUUCCUCAUGGGUUGGUUCAUCUUCACCUUCCUCCUCGUUCUCUGCACCCUGAAAUCCACCUUCGUCUUCUGCGGCAUCUUCGUCACCGUCGACAUCGCCUUCCUGCUGCUCGGCAUCGGAUACAUCCACCGCAACGGCUCCUCGUCGCCCAAUGAGCCUGUUAUCAAGGCCGGCGGGCUUUUUGCGUUGCUCGCGGCGUUCCAGGCGUGGUAUGUUUGCCUGGCUGGGUUGGCGAAUGAUAGUAAUAGUUUUGUGCGGAUCCCCGCGACGCACUUUCCGUGGUCGGAGAAGGGGAGGGAGUCGAGGAAGAAUAAUUAG